AUGGGUCGCCCGAAGCCUGUUGCUGUAGAUCUCUUAGCCGACCUACCUGCCGACGUUGAUGCUGUUCCAACCCAAUCCAUGCCCCCACCAAAGCAAAAAAGAAUCAAAAAGGCCCAAAAGCCAAAAAGAACAAAAAGGGUUCAGCCGAAGGCCAAAGUGACUCAGGUUGAAUCUGAGGACGCUUUGCCUAUUUCCAAACUGGCUGAGAGUAAGAAGACUUCUUCUGCUCCUGCAAAAAGGUCUGCUGAAAACCCACCCUCUGAGUCCACACAGUCAAAGAAGCCAAGGUCGGCCUCAGCUACUACCUCGGGGUUCAAGAAACCGGAUGUCCCUUGGGCUCCCAAAAUUACUUUGGAAGACAGGCCAAUUAUGUCCAGUGAAAACGCCGACGACAUAAAUGUCGGCGUUGCCCUCAGCACGGCGUUGCUUCUUCCGGGCGACCUCGAGCGAAAUGCUGAGUAUAGUGAGUACGAGAAUUACGCUUUAAUGCUCCAGCACUCCGUUCAACUUAACAUUCCUGAUGAUUCACCACUGCGCAAAGCCGACGCUAUUCCUCUACCGUUCCCCCCACCUCCUCCAUCAAGUCAACCUGAAGGAGAAUCUGAAUCUGAGUCUGAAGAUGCCGAUAAGGAAGAGGAUGAGGCUUUGGUCAGAAAAUCAAAGGAUGAUAAUGGGGCUAAGUCCCCUCCUCAGAUUGAGCAAGACGUUGACUUGACUCAUGAGGAGGAUGAGGAUGUUAUCAAGGAGACCACUCCUGAGCAAGCAUCAUCUGAUGUUCCUCCAGUUGAUAGAAGUCUUGAUCAAACACUUGCCGAAAUUGAUGCCGAGAUUGCUGCAGAUGAGGAAGCCGAGGUAUCUCUUCAGGAGACUUCUGAGGUUCAGAUCCAACAAGAUGCUGAUGUUGAAAAGUCUUAA